AUGAGCGGCUAUGAACACUCGGAUUCCUUCGACAAGGGCGUGGUCCCCGUAGGUUCGAUUCACCAGCUUUACUACGAGCAAUACGGGAAGCGCGAUGGCAAACCAGUCCUCUACCUCCACGGUGGCCCUGGAGGUCAUAUCAGCAAAGCGAACACUGUCUACUUCAACCCCGAGAUCUACCGAGUGGUUCUCUUUGACCAGCGAGGCACUGGACGAUCCAAGCCUCUGCUAGAACUACGUGAGAAUGAUACUUCCCACUUGCUCGCAGACCUCGAAACACUCAGAGCGCAUUUCAAAAUCCCAAAGUGGCACAUGGUCUUUGGAGGCUCCUGGGGUUCUACCCUCGCUCUGCUCUACGCACAAGCCUACCCUCACGCUGUGGGCUCACUUGUCAUCUUUGGCGUCUUCACCGCCACGAAGUUGGAACUUGAUUGGUUCCGAGAUCCUCUUGGGGUCAACAAUCUGUUUCCUGAAGCCCAGGACGAAUUUUUAGAAUUCUUGUCGGAAGAGGAACGUGAUCAUCCAAACGCAAGUUACUACAAGAGACUCCAAUCGAAUGACCCCAAGAUACGGCUCGAAGCCGCAAGAGCAUGGAACCGGUGGGAUUUGAGUAUUGGUUGGGGUCCCAUGGAGACUCCAGACUUCCAGAUGCUGGAUGAUGAAGCGUGGUCGGUGCCGCAUGCUCUUCUCGAAGCUCACUACAUGGUGAACGACUUUUGGCUGGAUGACGGCCAGAUCCUGAAAAGUGAAAAUUUGGCCAAGAUUCGGGACAUUCCCGGUACGAUCCUCCAUGGUAGACAUGACAUGGUCUGUCCUCCCAAGACGGCAUGGAGACUUCAACGGGAAUUGCCUCACUUGCAACUGAUCUGGCUUUCAUCAGGCCAUAUGCCAUUUGCUUCUGAGACUCGUCAGCAAUUGAUGCAAGUCUGUGACCAGUAUGCAGAUCAGGACUACAGUGCAUGA